CACAUCAGAGCAGCACAUCACAAUGUUUCCCACAAGGGUGCUCUGCGCGCGAUCGGUCUGGAAAGGCCCCAACAUUCUCCCCCUCCCCAUUGCGCGAGCAAAGGCCGGCGAACGACAGGCCCCGAUUAAAACACAAGCGCGCUCGGCCACCAUCCUGCCGAACUUUGUUGGCCUGAAGUUUCAGAUCCACAACGGCAAGAAGUACGAUGAUAUCACAAUAACGGAGGACAUGGUCGGACACAAGCUGGGAGAAUUUGCGCCGACACGGAAGAACUUCACAUACAAGCAGACCAAGAACAAAUAGAGACUGGGUCGCAAAUGCAUCAUAUGGGAGUUUGGGUAUCAUUUGUGUUUAUCUAGAUGUACUGCUACUUGUACAGAACGGGCAGCCUCCCACACUGAGGCUGUGGUUCUUCAGUAUCGAUUUGACUUCCCAUGCG